CCGCCGCCACGCCGGUCACGUGAGCGGAACUGGCCCGCCGCCGUAGCCUAGCAACCGUCGCUAAGGGCCCAGGCGACUGGGCGCUUCGCAAGGUCCUUUUCUAGACACCAUUAUGAGCGACCAACUGAAAUUCAUCGUUGAGAAGCUCAACAAGGAGCCAUUUAAAAAGAACUUCAAUUUGAUCACUUUUGAUUCUCUGGAGUCAAUGCAGCUCUUGCAGUUGCUCAGUGAUGUCCUAGGAGAGAUUGACCCCAAGCAUAUUGUUGACAUUAGAGAAGAGUUGCCAGAGCACACAGCGAAACGGAUGUUGACCCUGCUUGGCAUUCUUAAAUAUAAACCUCCAGGAGGUACCAGCGACUUGAGCACGUUCCGCCAGGGGUUAGUUACGGGGAGCAAGCCCGUCGUUCACCCUGUCUUGCACUGGCUCCUUCAACGGACCAGCGAGCUCAAGAAACGGGCCUAUCUUGCACGCUUCCUGAUCAAAGUGGAUGUGCCAGCUGAGUUCCUUCAGGAUGACACAGUUGCUGAUACCAACAGACAGUAUGAAGAACUGAUGGAAGCUUUCAAAAGCUUACAUAAAGAAUGUGAGCAGCUCAAGACAUCUGGCUUCUCAACUGCAGAAAUAAGAAGGGAUAUCACAGCAAUGGAAGAGGAGAAGGAUCAGCUGAUGAAGCGAGUGGAGCGGCUGAAGAAGCGGGUGGAGACGGUGCAGAACCAUCAGCGGAUGCUUGAGAUGGCACGGCAGCUUCGAGUGGAGAAGGAGCGGGAGGAAGCUCUUGCCCAGCAGAAGCAAGAACAGAAGAACCAGCUUUUUCAUGCAGAGCAGCGACUGCAAAGAGUCCAGCUUCAGCUCAAGGACAUGCGUCAUGCAGCCGUGGAUUCGAAGCCAGAAAGCUUAAUGAAGAGUCUAGAAGAGGAGACGAAGUUCAACACAUACUUGGUCUCGGAGAAAUUUCCUAGAGAGCUGGAAGCAAAGAAACAGUCGUUGCACCUCUUGCAAAAAGUGGUGGCCGAGCCAGCCAUGGGCCAGUCGGACCUCAACGAGCUUGAAUCCAAAAUAAAAGAGGUCAAUGCACAAAUCAAUCAGUUAAUUGAGAAGAGGAUGAUGAAAUGUGAGCCCAUUGAUAGUAAAUUUUCAAUGUAUCGGCAACAGGCCUCCAUCAUUUCCCGGAAGAAAACAGCCAAAGCAGAGGAACUUCAGACCGCCAAGGAAGAGAUCGCCAACUUGGAGAGGCAAAUGAUGCAAAAGUCAAGCCAGGCUCGGGAGCUGAACGGGGCAGAAGUCUUGAAAGGCGAUGAGUUUAAGCGGUACGUUAAUAAGCUUCGAAGCAAAAACACACUUUACAAGAAGAAGCGCCUGGAAAUAGCAGAGAUUACGGCGGAGUACGGCAUCCUGCAGAGAACAGAAGAGCUUGUGAAACAACGGCAUGAAGACAUUCAGCAGCAGUUGCAAGCAAUUGAAGACAAGAAGGGUAUUUCGGGAUACAGCUAUACACAGGAGGAACUGGAGAGGGUGUCAGCAGUCAAGAGUGAAAUGGAUGAAAUGAAGGGCCGAACUCUGGACCACAUGUCUGAUAUGGUGAAAAAGCUGAAUGCCAUGGUAGCCGAUAAAAAGUCAAGCUUGGCUCCGAUCAUCAAAGACCUAAGGCACUUGCGGCAGAAGUGCCAGGAAUUAACCCAAGAAUGUGAAGAGAAAAAAUCCCAGUACGACAGCUGCGCAGCUGGCUUGGAGAGCAAGCGUUCGUCCCUGGAGCAGGAGGUGAAGAGCCUUCAGGAGGAGUGUCUUCAGGAGGAAAGCUGCUAUCAUCAUGUCAACUGCAUGAAAAAGAUUUUUGAAGCCCAGCUGCAGCGUGUCAAAGAUGAGGGAUCAGUAUUCCAAGAUGAUCACAGAACAAGAGAACCUUGGAAAGAAACUGCGAGAGAAGCAAAAGGCUGUCCGAGAAAGUCAUGGCCCCAAUCUGAAGCAAGUAAAAAUGUGGCGAGAUCUGCAGUUGCUGACAGAGUGCAAAAAAGACUGUUUCUUCAAGCAACAAAACCAAGCAUCCGUUGGCCAGGUCAUUCAGGAAGGCGGAGAAGACCGCCUGGUCUUGUGAAAGCUCACCGCUUGGUAUCCAGGUCAUCCCUGAGCAAGUCUGUUGCAAAUGUUGGUUGAGGUUUACAAUUGCUUCUAUGCAAAUGAGGUUCCUAACUGCCCUGGUUCAGGAGUUUAGCUAAAAGGUUCCUGGCUUUAAAUAGAACAGGGCUGGGAUUGGCGAUGGUUUCACUUGUUCCUUCUUAGGAGGAGAGGAAAUCUUUUAUUCUGCUGACGGAUGGGCAGGCCUUCCAUCCGUGGAAAGCCGGCUGUGUGAGAAGGUACGUAGAUGUAGUUGCAUUCAAAUGUCUUUAAGAGGCAAAAGCAAACAAUUCCAGAGAAGCAGAGAUAAAAGACAGGAUUGGGAUGGCUUUGGUAUCUGGGGUUGUAGAUGAUGUGACAUGCCACAGAACCAGCCAGGUUCAAGUCACACGGGCCCCCAUCCCCUCAGGGGCGUAACUUUCACACCCUGCUUCCUUUUGGCCCAAAACAGUGGGACCAGUUCAUUUCUCCAAAGCCCCUUUUGCAAUCCCAGUAGCCAGAACCAGGGUUGAGGAAGGACUUCAAAUUUUUGAAGGAAACAAUGCAUGCUUUAAAGCACAAGGAAGUUGCGGACAAAGCUUCCUGUGAGCAACGGAGUGGCCCAUGAUCUUUGUGGGCCUCGAUUCUUCUCCUGAGUUGCACCCAUGGACCCGCCUGGCUGCUCAAAGGCCAAAAAGCAGAGGACACACUCUCCUUAAUUCACUUGGAUCCACUUCAGCACAGGUGAUCUGAAAUUCUUCUGCCUUUUCUCACUUGCUUGACCUUUAGUGAACACGCUUAGAAGUGUUUAUUUUUGUGUCGAAAUUGAUUUUUAAAAAAACUCCCUUCUUCAGCUUAUUACAUUGCUGCUGCUGUUGACUUCCUUGUGGCAUUCCACGUGCACACACCCUCUCUUUUUAAACUGGCUGGUGCUUGUUUUCCAUUAAUGUAGCAACGAAGACAAUAAAGUUAUUUGUAGUGUGA